GAGACUCAUGCUGAUGAUGCUAAUGACCGAUCCUCACUGAGAGGAUGCUAUCGAUCAGACUUGCACAUGCUUUCCCCUCCAGUUCGAUAAACAUGCUGAUGUGCGUAAUUAGACCUUUUCUGCUCUUCGUUGGCUAAUUGCAUACGGUAAUGUGAGCAGCAGCUUGCGCACUGCAUGGGAAAGCCGAGUCAUCAAUGCAGAACCACUCAACGCUGUUCGGGAUGGUCAGCCACUGUCAAACCCCCUCUUUCACCGACUUCACCGGCCUGUCGCUCGCAGUGUACAGCAGCAAGGCGGACAUUUGCACUCGGCGAGCCGGCAGCGGCGGGUUUGGAUCCCAGAUCUGCCGGAGCUCCCCUGACAGCCCGGCUCACAUGAACGGCGCAAGCCCGAAGAGGCUCAUCGCGUCCGAGGAAAAGGCGCAUCUGUCAGCCAAAACUCCGCGCUCGUGCCUCCCUCUCCCUCCCGUGCAAGUGAAUGGUGCCUACUGUUCAGAGAAGGAUGUAGACAGUGAGCUUGGUGACACUGAUGGCGCCCUGAUGCGAUGUGGGCAGAGCUUGCCACUACUGGUGGGGGGUCAUUUAGGGGGGCUUUAUACCCAGAGCCUUCACUGCGACAGACCUACACCCGACCUCCUCCUGCAGGACGGCCCUCACCAAGACACCAGAUCCUCCUCUGCCUUCCAAAGGACCCUGUCGGGGGCCUCACCUGCCCUGGGCUGCAGCAGUGGCAAUGGAGCUCAUUCCUCUCUCCCUUACUCAAUCAAACAGGAGAACUCAAUGGGCUACAAGAUCUCCAACACAGGGUCCAGGGUCCAUGGCACGUCUCAGGACGGGUUUCAGAACUGUAGGGCAGACCAAGUUUUGGGGAUGACAAGGGAUGAAAUAGUUGGAGCACCACAUGUUAGCAACAACGGUAGCGCCGUAUGCACAGUGAACAGUGUAGGUAGUGCUGUGUCAAGGGACGCAGUGCAACCGUUUAAUAAUGAAGAUAGCUCCUCCCCGCUGGCUUUGUCCCCAACUGGCUCCCGUCAUUCAGCGCGGCUGCUCAGUGCUAACAGUUUGAAGAGACGCUGCCUGUCCCUGGGCUCACAGUCCACCGCCACUGCUGGCAGCGUUGCUGCCACAGGUUCCCCAUCAGCUACUGCGUCUGCACCCGAGGAGAUCAAUAUCACCGCCAUCAUCUGCUCCUCCUCCCAGAUGGUUGCCUGCGUCAACGGGUUCCGCACUAACCUUUCGCCCAGCCACACCAGCAGUGCCAGCUUCUCUUCCUCUUCCUCCUCUUCUUCUACAUCCCCACCCUCUAACUCCUGCUCACGGGAAACCCCGCAGAGGCCCCUACCUCACGGUAGCCCCCAGCAGGCUACGCUCCAGGAGAGCUGUCAGCUGUCCUCACCUGCAACUUGCCUACUCUCCCUUUCCUCUUCCUCAUCCACCACUUCAGUGUCAUCAGUGGAGCCGGAGCAGGGACAGGGGCAGAGCCAGGGGCUGUGUGAGGAGCAGGGCUCCAUGCUGCGAGGGCGUGGGGGAGGAGCAGCUGUGGGAGGUGUGGGAGGAGGAGGAGGCUUGGACGGGUUGGGGCUGCUGAUGAGUGGGAGCCUGAUGUCUGGGAUUCCGCAUCCAGGGCCUGAAGCUGGGGCUCUGCUGGACAAUGGCCAAAGAUCAGGGGCUACUCUCAAACAGGAGCCCCUGGAUGAUUUUUCUCCCAGUGAAGACGAACUUUUUCAGCACCACUAUCGUCAUCACCAUCACUUGAGUGGUCGUAGUGGGCACCUUCGUCACCCUCACCACCCCUCUCGCCCUUCUAUGCCUCCACCCUAUCACCUGCAUCAAUAUGUGGGGUCAAGUCCUGGAGGUCUGCUGCACCAUCAGACGCAGCAGACAGCACCGACCUCUUCCCUGGGUCUCAAACCAACCUCUGGAGGCCCUACCGGGUCUCAAACAGCUCCGGAGUGUGAAGAGGUCGGCGGAGGAAUACUGGCCGAUAAGCAGAUGUGUCGCUGGAUUGACUGUAGUGCUGCAUACGAGCAGCAGGAGGAGCUUGUGAGGCACAUUGAGAAGGUCCAUAUUGACCAGCGCAAAGGUGAGGACUUCACUUGUUUCUGGGCUGGCUGCAUUCGUCGCUACAAGCCAUUCAACGCCCGCUACAAGCUGCUCAUUCACAUGAGAGUCCACUCCGGAGAGAAACCUAACAAGUGUAUGUUUGAGGGCUGUAACAAAGCGUUUUCACGUCUGGAGAACCUGAAGAUCCACCUGAGGAGCCAUACGGGAGAGAAGCCGUACCUGUGCCAGCACCCUGGCUGCCAGAAAGCUUUCAGCAACUCCAGCGACCGCGCAAAGCAUCAGCGCACUCACCUGGACACGAAGCCAUACGCGUGUCAAAUCCCUGGCUGUACCAAGCGCUACACAGAUCCCAGCUCCCUACGCAAACAUGUCAAGAUCCACUCGGCCAAAGAGCAACAGGUGCGUAGAAAGCUUCGGCCCUGUCCUCACCUGGAGCAGGAGGUCCUGAGUGACUGUCUGUCCAUGCAGCACCUCCAAAGCGCCACCUCCUCGCAACACCUCUACAACGGCAAAGAUGGCCAUUCACCUGGACUGGGUCAAGACAUCUUCACAGGCCUGUACACUGGCUCCAGCACCCCUCAUCACAGCGCCUCAGUGGAGCUCCUUUCCUCUGCUCCUAACCCCACCUCCUCCACCGACCUGCCCUCCCGACAACACCAACUCGGCAGCCCUCACCACCUGUCCCCGCUGGCUGCCAUGGAUGGUACAAGAGAUGGCAUGUCGGGACCCCUUCUGUCCCCGGGGAUGAAGGGAACAGGGACGCCGCCGCCUCCUCUGGAGAAACAGCAUGUCCACCCUCACCAGAAGCCCUACUCUCACUAUCACCAUCAUCAGUCUGCCAGUGACGAAUACCAAGGCAGCUUUCAGAGCUGCUUCCAUUUCGGAGACUCCUACAGGAUGGAGCAGACGGUCGGUGGCGUCCAUGUCCCAGGAGAUUCUCACGCCUACACCUCCCAUCAGCACAAUGGCUUCCACAUGUCGACUAGCAACACUGGCACUGCAGGCUUCAGCUUGACCCAGGAUCUGCAGGGCGGCGCAGGGUGCCAGUUCUCUUCCAGCCCAGAGGAGAGCAUUUUCUACCAGGUGGGCAGCUUCGACCGCAGUCUGAGCCACAUGUCCUCCGUCUACACAGAGACAUAGAGCAACACUGGAGCAGGGCGCGCUUCACCACACCUACUCUGCUACUCUGCAGUCCAACUCCUUCCACAGUCAUCUUAUCACUCCUGGAUCACCUCUUUUCUACUUCCUGUUUCCUAUUCUUCAUACAUGAUUUGGGUCACAGAGCAAAAUCUCAGUACUUAAGAGCUUAUUCUGACCGACUUCUCUGCCAGGUGGAUGGGAAACCAGCAAGAUUAAACAGACGUUAAAAGUCUUGGAAGUCAGUUCAGUAUACUACAGCAUGAUCUGCUUCUUACCUGACGCUGGCAUCUGAUUGGUCGUGAUAUGAUUAAACUUUUCUCAUAGCCCAAGUAGAUGAAAACGGUGAUUCCCAAACCUUUAGGCCUGCGAGCCCUUUAAACAAAGAUUUCAGUUUAUUCAGUUUAACCAGAAAUUGUCUUGUGUGAAUCAUUUUCACUGGAAAAAAAAAUCAGUAAUUCGCUAGAAGCAAAGAUUUGAGAAAAUAAACAUAAUUUGAGGUAUUUGAGGUUUUCCAUUCUCUUAAAUGGUUUCUCAGCAGAUUUUAGACAUGAAGAAAUAUGUAUUAUACUACUCGGCCUGUGUAAUGCCCUCUAUGGAAGUGUAGUUUUCUAAAGUCUGAGAAGAUAACUCCAAUGAUAAUGUGAUGUCAUCAGUUAUAUUGUGUUGGAUUUGAGAUUUAUAAACAGAAAACCUGAGUUUCCAAUUGAAAUGGAAAUGGAAUUUGAAAUAUGUGGGCAUGUUUACCAGGCAAGAGCGUCUAAUGAAAGACAGCGAGUUGCAUUAUGGGAAUCGUAGAACUGUUUGAUCCAUUGUUGAGACUAAAAGUGAAGAACUUUUAUGAGCAUUCUGUUUUAAAUGUGGUUCUUUCAAAGUUGACACUGAAAGGCUCCUUUAAUUAUCUUACGACCCGUCAGAUUGAUCUUCUGUCUCUGUGUCGGAGCCCAGUGGGUUAGAGCAGUGGUUCCCAACCUGGAGCUCUAACCCAGUGGUUCCCAACCUCAAGAGGACAGAUUAAAUUUAAUUUUGCCCUUCUGAUUUUUACUCAUUCUAAAUUAAGGAUUGACACGAGUGAAAGAAAUCUCCUUUUCUUAUUAGUAAUGUAAAUGAGAGAAUUAUGACAUGUCCUUAGGUCGUUUAAAGAUCAGAUGCUUUAUUUGUUAGGUUCACUAUGACAUCUGUCGGCCAAGAAGUCAUCAUGUACAAAGAAUCUGACUUAUACUGGUGCUAAGACACUUAACGGACAAUCAGAUCAAGCUUACACAUGCUGUUUUGCAGUCUUAAUACGUAAACUUCACACAGAACUCUUGAAUGGGAAAUGAAAUGCCCUCUCCAUCCUCUUCCAUGUUUUUGCUCUCUUUUCCGCAUCUUUCAAAUCUCUUUUAGGCUGAAGUGUAGAAAAGAAUAUAUCAUUUUGCUGUGUUUGUUUUAACAGAAGAAAAAUCUGUUUGCAUUUCUGUAUUUUAUUAAGUGUUGUUUUGGUU